AUGUUAGGAGCGAGUAGUAGUGAAGAGGAAGAUGACGAUUUUCAGGAUGAUCACGAUUCGACAAUGCCUAUGGCACAGGCGAAAAAGCGAUCGCUGCUCUCCGGGGCAAUGACACCACGAAGUAGUUCACCGGCACCAUCGGAUUCCGUAUCACAGACCAAUUCAUUGAAAAGGAAUAAUUCGAAUAUGGGAAGAAGGAAAGAUUCUGUACAUAGUCAGACACCAGCAAGAUCGGCCAGAACAAUGUCAAGUGUAUCGAGACCAAUUAUGCAGAAUUCUCAAGAAUUUGAUGGUGAGGACGAAGAAGAAGGAGAAUGUUCGAAUACAAUAAUUGCUGUUGAUGAUAGUGGAGUUGCGUUGAGUAAAGAAGAACAAGAGAGGAUUAAAGCCGAGAGGGAAGAAGAAGAACAUAAGAAAAAUCUUCAGAUGUACGUGUUUCUCGCCAGAUGUGUAGCAUAUCCAUUCAAUGGACAACAGACUGGAGAUAUGGCACGAAGACAGAUGAAAGUGAACAAACAGGAAUUAGCAAGGAUUCGAGAGAGAUUUCAAUUAUUUCUGAAAGGAGAAACUAAUAUUGCAGCAGAUGAAGCAUUCACGAAAGCAAUUCAGAGUUAUACUGAAGUGUUUUUGAAAUCUGAAAGAGUACAAAAAGUAGUUCAUGCGGGUGGAUUCUCUCAGCAUGAUUUUCGAGAAGUAUUUCGAUUGAAUAUCGAAAAACGGAUAAGAAGUCUUCCGGAUAUUGAAGGUCUUUCGAAAGAUACUGUUCUCAAUUCAUGGCUAGCUAAAUUCGAUGCAAUUAUAAAAGGAGACGAAACUGAUCAGAAUAGGAAUGCAAGAGGCCGACCCAGAAAUCCACAGAAUACUGUUUCCGCGGAUGCUGUGCUAGGAAAAGAACAACUAUACGAUGUAUUCCAACAAAUUCUCGGCGUCAAAAAGUUUGAACAUCAAAUUAUAUUCAAUGCUCUUCAACUAGACAAUCCGGAUGAACAAGCUGCUGCAAUUCGAAGAGAAUUUGCAACAAGAGAAGAGGCUUUGAAAGAUCCAAUCAAGAUGAAACGAUUAACACCGAAAUUUGUGGUGAAAGACAUGGAAACACUGUAUAUGGAUGAAGUCCGAAUGUCUAUUAACACUCUAAUUGGGAAUCUGGAAACAGUUCCAGUGACGACACGUGGACAAGCUGUUGGAAAACGAAAAGAUAAGAGUCGAUCCCGCAGUAUUGAGGAUUUGUCGCUCUUCAACAGCUUAAAACGACGAACAAGUUCUGGAAGUUUGAACAAAGGAGACAGUGAUGACGGAGAUGUAACAUUAACAAAAUCAGAUGUGUCACUUGCGUUGACCAUGGAGGUGGUAGUUAUGGAAGUUCAAGGUUUGAAGUCAAUUCAACCGAGCAAGAUUGUAUAUUGUACAAUGGAAGUUGAUGGGCAUAAACUACAAACAGAUCAUGCUGAAGCAUCUAAACCAAAAUGGGAUACACAAGGAGAUUUUACUACAAAAAAUCCAUUGCCUGUAGUCAAAGUGAAGCUAUUUACAGAAGUGAAGAGCAUAGUGUCAUUCGAAGACAAAGAGUUGGGAAAGAUCACGAUUCAACCAACACCAAGUUGUUCAAGAACUCCUGAAUGGUACUCAAUGACAUCACCGAAAAGUAAUCAAGAUCAGAAUAUGAAAAUCAGAGUAGCAAUCCGAAUAGAGAAACCCCCGAAUCUUAAAUAUAGUGGUUAUUGUUGGUGUAUGGGGAGAAAUGCUUGGAAAAAGUGGAAAAGGAGAUUCUUCUGUCUGGUUCAAGUAUCUCAAUACGCUUUCGCUGUGUGUAGUUUUCGGCAAAAGAAAGCGGAUCCAACGGAAUUCGUUCAAUUGGAUGGGUUCACUAUUGAUUAUAUGCCGGAGUCUGAUCCAGAAUUGGCAGCACAAGGUGGAAAGUUCUUCUUCACAGCAAUCAAAGAAGGAGAUGAACUGAAGUUUGCAACAGAUGAUGAGAAUGAAAGACAUCUUUGGGUUCAAGCACUUUAUCGUGCAACUGGACAAGCAUACAAACCAGUUCCACCAAAACAAUCAACUAUUGCUCCAAAGGCACAAGGAUUCCAGGACAAAGCAAGUAAACACGGAAUGGAUGCAUUGAUUCAGGCAGAUUCAAUCAAUUUCGAUCAUGAUCAUCUUUAUUCGGACAUUCAAAAACUUACUUUGGAUUUUCGAAUCAACGAACCAAUUUGUUCUUUGGGUUGGUUUUCACCGGGACAAGCGUUCGUUCUGGAAGAAUACUCUGCUCGUUACAUGGUUCGUGGAUGCUUCCGUCACGUCACUCUUCUAUCGAAUCUUCUGGAUAAAGCAGAUGAUGGAUUAUUGAUUGAUCCGGCUCUGAUUCAUUAUUCCUUUGCAUUCUGUGCAUCUCAUGUUCAUGGAAACAGAUGUAUGCCUGAUAGGCAAGGACCUGAAGGCGUUGGAACAGUAACACAAGAAGAAAAAGAGAAAUUUCAAGAGAUAAAGGAGCGAUUGAGAGUUCUUCUUGAGAAGCAAAUUACCAAUUUCCGAUAUUGUUUCCCAUUCGGAAGACCUGAAGGAGCAUUGAAAGGAACACUAGGUCUACUUGAGAGAGUUUUGAUGAAAGAUGUUGUUUCACCUGUUCCACCAGAAGAAGUUCGAGCAGUUAUCAGAAAAUGUUUGGAGGAUGCAGCACUUGUUAAUUAUACGAGAAUUUGCAAUGAAGCUAAAAUAGAACAAAGAAUGGGAAUCGACGUGUCUCCAGCUCAACGGAUUGAAGAUAUGAUCCGAGUCACUGAAUUCUGUGUUGAUCUACUGAAAGAGAAUGAAGAACAUCACGGAGAGGCAUUCGCAUGGUUCUCCGAUCUACUUUCUGAUCAUUCGGAAAUAUUUUGGUCUCUUUAUUCAGUCGAUUUGGAUUCUGCAUUGGAAGUUCAACCACAUGAUAGCUGGGAUUCAUUCCCUCUCUUCCAGAUGCUCAAUGACUUUUUAUUGUCUGAACCAAAUCUGAAAGGAGGUAUCUUCCAUAACAAACUGGUUCAACAGUUCCAACCACUGGUGGUACGAUACAUCGAUUUAAUGGAACAUUCCAUUGCUCAAGCUAUCGAUAAAGGGUUCUCUAAAGAGAAGUGGGAAUCCAGAAAAGAGGGAUGUGCAACAUCUGAAGAUAUUUAUUGGAAGCUAGACGCUCUUCACACAUUUGUCAUUGAUUUGAAUUGGCCAGAAGAAGAUUUUAGAAAGUAUUUACAGACAAAAAUGAAGAGUCUCACUUCUGAUAUGAUUUCAAAAGUUUCCGAUUGUACAUUCACUGCAUUUGAUGGUUGGAUGCAACGAGCAAAGAAAUCAACAGAUUACAUGCUUCCAUCUGAAGUUUGUGUCCAAAUCAAUGUGAUGUUCAGUUCGAAAAGUCGUGCAGUUCGAGUGACUGUCGAUUCGGGAGAAUAUAAAUAUCAAUCAAAACUCGAUGAGACUCUUGAAACAAUGCUCAAAACAAUGGAGUCGUGUAUUCAAGAGAAGCUUAUUGGAGUUCUUGAAUCAGUUCUUUCUCGUCUCGCACGUUAUGACGAAGGAAAUCCAAUUGGGGCGAUUUUGAAUAUUGCUCCGAAGCCAGCUUCAAUUUUCAACAAAUUAAAGACAAUGGCCGGGGAUACGUCAGUUCAGACAGCAGCUGCAGCGAGACAACCUCUUACUGCUCAACAGUCAUCAGGACAGAUUGGAAACUCGUAUGUCACAUUCUUCCAUGGAUGCACUGAACUUCUUCGUCAAGUUAUCAUUGAUGAAAUCUGGGUUAAUGGUCUCUUUGAACAUUGGUACGACAACCAAAUGAAAGCAAUCAAUGACUGGUUAACUGAACGUCUCCAACAGUCACUCAGUGCCACUCAAUACAUUUCUCUUUCGAAUAUUGUCAAGAAGGUUUAUCAAGAUUUCGCUUUACAAGGGAUUGAUGAAGAACGACUCAACAGUAAAACUUAUCAAUCAAUUAAUCGUCGACUACAGCUUGAAGAAUCUAAUUCUCAUAUUCAAGAAGCUGCCGCCAACGGAUCCGCUCAAGGAUCUGUAUUUCCGACUUCUCUCGGUAAUGCAUCUGCCGCCGUUUCGAACAUGUCGAGUAUGGUGGAAGGAGCGGGAGCAAAAAUGUUUUCACUUUUCAAAUAG